AUGACCUCCAACAUGUUUCCACACCUCGUACCGGACCGAUACCGAGAGCUCAUGAGAGUCGCCCGACAGUGGAGGCAGUUGAAGGCCAUGAAAUGGCAUGGAUUCGGCCAUCGUUCCGACAGCCCGAAUGCAGGUGAUCUUGCAUUAUUUUGCCCCGCUUGUCCUCAGCCAGGGAUCAAUGUAUCCUUGUCAGGGGAUGAAUCACUUGAUGAGUGGAAAUACACCCGGUCAUUUGUUAUGGACGGAAAUUUCAAAGCCGAACACCUGCAUCCCAUGAAGCCAUUCGAUGAAGUUUGGCUGUCAGAUGGGUUGGGAUUCAUGGCUGCCGACACUUUAGAAAAAUCAAGCUGCAGCAAUCACCGGGCAGUAAAUCAAGCAAAUGCGGCUCGGCACAAACUGGAAUCCACAGGCAUCGGGGGAGUAGCCUGUGCUCGACACGGCUGCUUUGUUCCUCACUCGAUGGUAGAUUUUCAGAAAGGCGAAAGGCAAGCCCACCCUGCCAUUCGACAUUCACGAGUUAACCAUGCAUCAUUCCCAGACAAAUGA